UCGCUGUGCCGCCUUACCCUCAAACUUGUGCAAAUCCUCUCCUUUUGUCUCUCUCUCCCCCUCCCGCAACCAUGACUAUCACGAUGGGUCCACCGCCUCCCCGGAAUCCUAAUCCCUCGACCGAACCCGAAACGGAAGCCCAAGACGUAUCCGAAACCAAUACAGCCAAAACCUCGAUGGGUCCUCCGCCGCCACCUCCUCCCAUAAACCCUAACCUGCAAAAUCCCCAAGACGAAGAAAAACAAGCAUACUCAAAUGUGGAACCCAAUUCAAUUGAAAGGCCAUUAAAUUCAAACCAAUCAUCUGUCCCUUACACAAUCCCUCAGUGGAGUGGACCUCCUUGUCAUCAUUUCUUCCUCGAGGUGCUUAAAGAUGGCUGCAUCGUUGACCAAUUUGAAGUGUAUGAGAAGGGAGCUUAUAUGUUUGGGCGUGUUGAUCUCUGUGAUUUUGUGCUUGAACAUCCCACUAUUUCGAGGUUUCAUGCUGUGCUUCAGUUUAGGAGCAGUGGCGAGGCCCAUCUUUAUGAUCUUGGCAGUACACAUGGCACUUCUGUCAAUAAGAAUCAGGUGACUAAAAGGACUUAUGUGGACUUACACGUGGGUGAUGUCAUUCGAUUUGGCCAUUCAACGCGCUUGUAUAUUUUCCAAGGGCCAUCUGAGUUGAUGCCACCGGAAAAAGACUUGAAAGUCAUCAGAGAAGCUAAGAUCCGAGAAGAGAUGUUAGACCGGGAAGCUUCACUUAGACGAGCAAGAGCAGAAGCAUCUCUUUCCGAUGGUAUCUCAUGGGGCAUGGGAGAGGAUGCUAUUGAAGAAGCUGAGGAUGAUGCUGAUGAAGUGACUUGGCAAACCUACAAAGGGCAGCUUACAGAGAAGCAGGAGAAAACCCGGGAUAAGAUAAUAAAAAGGACUGAAAAGAUUGCCCAUAUGAAGAAAGAGAUAGAUGCAAUACGAGCCAAAGACAUUGCACAAGGUGGGUUGACACAAGGCCAACAAACUCAGAUUGCUAGGAAUGAACAAAGGAUGACACAGAUACUGGAGGAGCUUGAAAGCUUGGAAGAGACUCUAAACGACAGUAUCCGUGAAAGCAUAGGUGCCCGUGCUGGAAAGAUUUCUCGCGGUAAGCGAAAAGGAGGGCCAGAGGAUGAGGAGGAGGACCUUGAAAGUGACGAUGAUGACUUCUAUGACCGAACAAAGAAGAAACCCACUGUGCAAAAGGUUGGUGAAACCCAGUCUAUUGAAACUGCUGAUAGUCUUCUUGAUAAGAGAGAUGCCAUCACAAAAGAAAUUGAAGGCAAGAAAGAGUUGCUGUUGAGUGAGAAGAAUAAAAUGGCAUCAGAAACUGGCUUAGAAACUGAAGCUGGAGAUGCACUUGAUGCUUACAUGUCUGGGCUUUCAUCCCAGCUAGAGCUUGAUAGGACAGAGCAACUUGGGAAGGAACUUUCUGCCCUUCAGACUGAGUUGGACCGGAUCUCCUACCUGUUGAAGAUUUCGGAUCCAAUGGGAGAAGCUGCUAAGAAAAGGGAUACAAAGGCACAAGUACCAGCACCCGAAAAGUCUAAACCUCCUGCAGCUGUUGUCCAGAAGCAGACUCCAAAGGAACCCAAAAAAAUCAGUACAUCUACAGAACCAGAAAAUUCUCCCAUGCAGAAAGAGGCAGUUGCAGAUGUCUGUACCGAAUCAACAAAGAAACCAGAAGAGAAUCUUGUUAGUGAUACAUCUGAGGGGGAAAAAGUUAUCCAUACCAUUGCAAAGCCACAGUGGCUUGGUGCUGUUGAGAACAAGGAAAUUAAAGAAUCAAAUCAAGUAAUAGAAGUAGAUACAAAUGAAGUUGAUGAAUUUGUUGACUACAAAGAUAGGAAGAAAGCACUUGGAAUUGUGGACAAUUCACAGGUUAAAGAGCCAGGAAUUGAAACUGCUUCCUCCGGUCUGAUUAUAAGGAAACAGAAACAGGUUAAGAAACCCGAUGUGGAUGAUAAAGCCUUGGAUCAAUCUACGGCAUCCGCUACAGGUGCUGAAGAAAUUGCACAGAAUGCUGUGGCACUGUUACUGAGGCACACUAGAGGGUACCAUGCAGAUGAUGAGGAAUUGUAUGAAACCCCUGAUCUGUUGGCCAGAAAUCAAUCUAAGAACGAGAAGAAGCCGAAACGAGUGCUUGGACCUGAGAAGCCUUCAUUUCUUGAUAGCAAUCCAGAUGAAACAUGGGUUCCUCCUGAAGGGCAAUCUGGUGACGGUAGAACUAAGUUGAAUGAUCGAUAUGGGUAUUAGUGAUUCUUGUCCUUAUAUCGUUUGAAUUGGAGGUGCAACGCAAUCUUAGUAGUGUGCCAUUCAUGCUCUGAAGAUACUGUACUGCUAACACGGUUGGCAUAAAUUGGCACCUCCGCACCGGGGGAUUAGCAUAGCAUAUUCGUCACGUGAAUGGGUUGAGAUGUCCAUUGGUUGGAUGUCUUUACCGGAAAAUGUGUAGGAAUGAACAGAGAUAUUGGAGAUGGUAUUGGUACAAAAGAAUGAGCUAGAACAUCACAUAAAAAUUUGAUUCUAUGCUUUUAAUG